CCUAAUAGUAGAAUUUAAUUCCCAAUGGAAUCCACCACAAAAGGGUCUCUCCCUCCCUCGCCAGAAACCCUCAAACCUAAUAGUGGAAUUUAAUUCCCAAUAAUUCCUUUGCUCUCCUCUCAGAUUUUUAAUCAAAUUUCACCUUUUCCACGCCAAAAAUUACCCUCUUUCUUCAAAAUCCUCAUAUUUUACCAGCUAUAUUUAUUUUUACAAAAUCCAAUUCCCCUCAAAUUUCUGUCUGCUUGUCCCUCUCUCUCUCUCUUCCCCCCUCUCUCCUUUCCCUUCUCUCUCUAAAAACUGAGGGACUUGACGAACUUACCGUAACUCCAAAAACCCAUUUUUAUGUAUCCAUGCUUUCUGUCCCAGCAAUGAUUGUUUGAUUUUGCCCCUUUUCACGUUUUGCAGCGUAAUCUUCUUCAAAUAUUAUUGUUAAUUGUUCGAUAAUUCGUUUAAAUAAUUGGGUUAGUUUUGAGAAAAACCCCAGCUUUAUUGUCUCCAUCUGGUUUUGAAGCAACAAUUCCUGGGCUGCUUCAAUGCAAGCCCUUGAUCUCCCAUGUAACCCUUCCCUUGACCGUCGCCGGCCCGAUCCCUCCGCCAUGCCGGAGCAUUACUCGCCGAUCCACUCUCCGGACCAUCACUCGCCGGAAAAUUCGGAACACAGAAAGUCCGGUGUCGAAAAUAAUACCAAGGGCGAGAGUAUUAAGGAGAAUAAUUUGAAGUCUGCUAGUGAUAAUAAUGGUAAUAGUAGUGUAGUAGGUAGGAGGGAGAGGCCGUCGAGGGCAUGCACGCAAAGGGCGGCAGCAAGGCUGCAGGCUGCAGCUGAGGCGGAGGCGGCCAUGGCGGAGGCGGAGAGGAAGAGGAAAAAGAAGAGGAGGGAGAGAUUAACUGCUAGGCUGUUGAAGGAGGAGUCUGAGGAGGAGGAUGGUUACAGGGACGACGAUGAGGAGGGUGGAGAGAAUGAGGAGAAUGGGGAGGAGGAUGGCUCUACUUCAUUGGCACAGCUGCAGAGUAGCAGGAUAAUUACGCCACUGCUCGGGGAGCCGGAGGCCUCGCAGUUGCCUCGGUGGAACAUACGGUCCAUGUGGCAGUUGGCUUCUAUUCUCAAUUUCUUGAAUGUAUUUAGGCCUCUGUUGAAUGUCAAAGUGGAGUUUUCUGCAGAUGAGUUUGAGACGGCCUUGAUUAUUCCGAACAAUACUUUGGCUGAGAUACAUAUGCCAUUGCUAAAGGCCAUUCCUCCUGUUACCAGAAUGGCACUUAACCAUGCUACUUGGAUUACUGUUUUAUGUAGAAAGCUGAGAGAUUGGUGGCACUGGGUUGCAGAAGGGGAUCUACCUAUAGUUGCAUCACAUGGGACUGAAGUUGAGGCAUACAAUACACUUGAUCCUGGGAUUCGAGUGGUUAUUCUGAAGGCAUUAUGCGAUAUUCGGGUUGAGCAAGAAGAUAUACGGAACUAUAUAGAUGACUCAUUAAAACAUGGUGUUCAGCUUUCAACAUUUCGCAAAGAACGCCUAGGGGGUGAUUCUUAUGGAGUCUCAUAUUGGUAUGAAGAUGAUCCCAUCAUUGGCCAUCGACUAUACAGAGAGAUUAGAAACGUUGAGGUGAAAAAAGGAAGAGGAAAAAAUAUUCCACCUAUUCCUCAUUCAUCAUAUCAAUGGGAAGCUGUUGCUACUAAUUUAGAUGAGUUCCAGAAUGUUUCUGAGAAGCUCUUUUCGAGUAAAAACAGAACAGAGGUUUCUGUUGGGAAGAAAUUGAAAAAUGACAUGCUUCCUGAAAUUGAGAAGGUCCAGAAGAGGAAGGAUAAACUAUUAAAGAAGCAACAUAGACAAGCACUUAUGCUUGAUAACAUGAUUGGCAUUGAUGGUCUUGCUACCGGACGCUCUCUCCGUGAUAGAAAACCUGUGACCUAUACUUUUGAUGAUUAUGAUCGAUCAAUAAAUGAAGCUAUAAAGGUCACCAAGAAGAAGCAGCAGUCUCCCGAACCUUUUGAUGGAAGAGAUCCUCUUGUGAGACAUGAAUUUUCUAGAAAUGGUAGAGUCGAUGGCACAUCACACCACUCUCAAACCCUCUCUUUCAGCGCUGUUUCUCCGAAAUCUCCUUAUGAUGAUGAUGAUGAUGAAGAGGAAGAAUUUUAUGAAGAUCACAAAACUGAAACAUUGGACCGGAGCGAUCGUCGGAGGCAAAGGCCUCAACGUUAUUCAGUGAAAGACUAUGUAGAAGCAGUCUCAGAUAUUGAGGCAGAUUUUGACAGUGAUGAUGAUAUAGUUGGUGAAGUGGUUUAUGAUGAUGAAUAUCUUAAAAGAAGAAAGCGAAGGAAGAUGUCUAGUAGCUCCGAAGGCGAUGAAGAGUAUCACUGGGAUGAAGAAAAUCAUGAAGAGGAGGAAGAGGAAGAAGAAGACGAUAUCUUAAGUUCCAGCGAGGAUAGUGAUGCGCCACGCCGAACCAAAGCAUUGCCGGGCCGAACUAGGAGGGAAACAAAACUGAGGUCAGUUGGUGACCUGUCAGGUCUCAGGCGAAGUAAAAGGGCCACCAGAAAUCGUAUCAAUUACAGACAAUAUGAGAUGUCUGAAUCUGACAAUGAACAAGUGAAACCUGAGAAAUCAAAUGCGCUAGACGAGCCCUCAUACUCAAGUGGUGGUGCAGAGUUCUCAACAGGCGUCCAAGAUUCUGAUGAGAAAGACAGUAACCAGGAGGAGGAUAUCCAGGAUAUCCAUGCUGAUCAGCCUAUAGAGGAGCAGCAACCUGAGGCUGUCGAUGAAAAGCCACCCAUUCCACCUGAACAGGAGAAUAACAGAGAUGAAGAAGAAGUUGAAGGGGUGAGCAAAAGACGUUUUCUUGAUCUAAAUGAACUUGCCCCAGGUUCUGGUUUCGAUGAUGGUCCCAACUCAAUGAGAGACGAAGACAGAGAUGACUUCUGAACAUCCUUCUACCAAAAAGUGAGGGGUAACAAGUUUUACCCUGGUGAAGCUGAUACGUCUGGUUGACAAAUUCUACAUUCGUGGCAGUCCAUUCCGUCUAUUAGAGAGUUCUUACUUGCCAAAACUCAAGCGAUUUUCCUGCUGGGAGUGGCUUUUUUCUGAGAAGAUGGUGUAGAGUAUUAAGUCAGUUCUACAGUAUGUUUUACGUUUAAGAAAGAAAAGGCAUGGAUGGGAAAUUCUGUUGGGAGUUCUUACUCUUCUGAUCGAGACGUUGUACAAUAACUUAACUAAUAUUUGCAACAAAAGAAUUCGCUUUUUAUUA